UCGCUGUCAGUCAGUCGUUUUUACUCUGUGAUAAGAGCUAUUUAAGACAAAUAGUCCAUAACAUCAAUAACGUUAACAUCACUCGCAGCUUUAGCCUCCGCCGCUAGCGUACGUUACCUCGUCAAUUAACGUUAAUAAUAAUAAACUUUUGUGAUAAAUAAACGUCCCGGUUUAAGUUUACAUCAGCACUGGUUUUCGCUAGACUAGAUUACGUAAACAAGUUAUUCAUGGUUAGUUGUGCAAGUGGCUUUGAGCUGGAUUAUCUGGGAAAGGAUUAAAAAAAAAAACAUCAGCUAGGUAGCUUGUUGGUUAGCCGAGAAGCGUUAGCGUUCAUAUAACGUUAGGAGAAAUGGCUCCCAGUAAACUUUGAUGAGGUUGGAUUAUUUUAUAACAAACCAGCGGGAUCAAGACGUGUUACUGCGAUGAUGGUUCACUUAACUUUCAAGUGUUUUCACAUUGGUGUCGCAUCGCUGGGUGUUAUUUAGCUACAUGAGCUCGGGGGACAGUGUAGCUCCAUCACAGCCACUAAAGCUACAUUUUAAUUGUUUUUCUUGGAAAUUACAGAAGAAAAUCCACCAGAUUGUCAGAAAUCCAAGAAUCCAUGCUUUGGUACAUUUGCCAGACUCCUCAAGUGGAAUAUUUCUUGUCCGAGUAGCACCAGAGUGAAGGUCCAAAGGAGAGCUGUCCAGACAUCCGGCCAGUAUGUCCAGUGAUCCUCCUCCUCCGUACCCCGGAGGUCCUAGUGCCCCACUCAUUGAAGAGAAGAAUGGACAACCCGAAACAGCUCCUGUAAGAACUGCUCCUCAACAGGGACAGCCGUUGCCUCCAGACUAUGGUCCACCACCCUAUGAGGCCCCACACUUAGGCUUUCUCCCCCCACAUGUUCCUGGAGAGGGGCCCAUGCCCAUGCCAAUGCCACCACCACCACAAGGUGGCCCCUACCCCCCACCGCCCGGUCACUACCCUCACCCUAUUCCAGGACAGAUGGGCCCAGGUCCCAGUCACUUUGUCCACAUGGGAGGUCACACAGCGACCGUCCUGGCUCCUCCAGGAGCAGCCACCACUGUGACCGUACUGCAGGGCGAAAUGUUCCAGACUACACCGGUGCAGACUGUGUGUCCGCACUGUCAGCAGGCAAUCAUCACCCGCAUCUCCCACGAUGUGGGCCUCAUGAACACACUCUUCUGCCUCUUCUGCUUCUUUGUUGGGUGUGAUCUCGGCUGCUGCUUGAUUCCCUGUCUGAUUGAUGACCUCAAGGAUGUGACACACACCUGCCCUUACUGUAAGGGCUACAUUUACACAUACAAGCGUAUAUGCUAACCACCGACAGCUGUAUGCUACAGAGACAUGUUCAAGCACACAACAUAAAAUAUCACAGCUCCUCCUGCUGGUAGUGACAGGCUUUUCACCCCAUUUUUGCAAAAAGUGUUGUGUAGCCCUCUUAAUUUGUAAGUGCAGUUUUCUCAUUAGUUCACCGAAUAUUUACUGUAUAUAUCUUCCAGCGUGAUACUUUCAUGUAUAAACAUGCAUUUGAAAUGUACAGAUAUCUCACUGAACUACAGAAGACUUAGGGCACUAAAACAUCCACAGAGAUGGAUAUAGGCAGCAGACAUACAGGUGCAUCUGAUCCUGUAUGAAAGUGGAUAAAAAAGCUUGUAAUGUUACGCAUGUAAAUGGAAAAAAAAAAAAAUGAAGAAAAAAAAAACCAGUGGAUAGAUAAAUAGCCUCAGUUAGGGAAAGCUGUGAAAACGGUCACUUUAUUUGAAUUCAUCUGUGAAUCAUGCUGAGAAGCAAGCGCAUUGAAGUUAAACACGCUGGGUUAGCAUUUGUGUUUUUCCCUUCUAUUUAUUUUGAAUAUUUUAUCCACUAUUUUAACAAGUUAAUAUUGAAAACUGUGAACAUUUUUGUCCAUGUCUGAUAAUUUUGUUCUAACGGACCUAGUUUUUCAUUUUUAUCAUAAUCUUUUUUUUUUUUUUUUGAAUGUGUGCAAUCAAACCAUUUUCACUUUGAUAAACUGAUGUAUUUGCUGGUUUGGAAAAACAAAAGAUUGAUGUUACUCGCUUCAUUUUUUUUUUUUUUAAUCUUCUGGGCUUCAGUCAGUCGUCCCAAAAUGUUCGGUGAUUUACGGUUGAGCUGUUACGCAUCAGUACCCUCUGUCCAUGAUGUACCUAUUUAAUUAAGCCACCAUUUGCACUUUAAAGUUGAAAUUCACACCUGAUGCAACAUGAUGCAAAACAGCAACCUCAGCUACUCGUUUCUUUGACAGAUUUUGAUGCUGAGGAGGAAGAAAAAAAAAAAAAAAAAAGGUGACUUACAAUGUCAUCUCAUGAGUAAAAGCAGUGUGUAAUAUUGGCUUUUACUGGGUUUAACUUAGGUUUGGCAUUAACUGAGUGAAUCCCACCAUACAUGCACUUAUUCAGAUUAUAGUGUAAUCAAAAGCCGAGCUGACAUGCAGAGGGUGUUACUGUUACUGGCGGAGAUAACCCUGCAUGACAUCAGUAAUCUCGUGUCUUCUCUCUGGCUGUACGUCCGGUGUGAUGGGGGUCUUGUGUGUCACGGCCUGAUACACCACUUCACACUAGAUUAUCUUCUCAUUCAAACUGUCGGCUGCUUAUUUGUCGGUGCCACAGUAAACAGGUAGCUAGUUUAAAAUAGAAAAAAAGUACAUCGGCAAACAAGUUCUUGUGGUGGCAGGAUCAUCACAUAGCGGUUUUAGCCUGUAACCUCUCUAAUAAGGCGUCAGCCCUUUAAGAUGACCUGCAUUGCUCAGAUGCAUGUUAGAUAAUAAGCGCAGAUGUCUUUUUGACUAAUUACAAAAAUAUAGUAAUCUCUGCUAGGAAUAAGCUACAAAUAAAUGAUUGUAUGAGACAUCUCGCAAAGUUACAUAGUGAUUCCAUCGAGUUAAUAUUAACAAAGCAUCGUUCCAACACAGCAUGCCCUAUCUGCUUUUUCACCUUCGCUCACCAAGUGCAGAGUUUGGCUGCAUGAGCCACAUGUCUAAAGUUAAUAAUUCUCACGGACUAGUUCCUUGACUCUAUGUGCAUUUGAUUUCUUUUCUUUUUUUCCUUGAGGCUAGCUAAGCUGUGCAAGAAAGUCAAUUUUGAGUUUGAAGGACUGCAGUGAACUUUUAAUACGAAGUACUCUAUGCCAUUGUUGUGGAUAAUUCUGGUCUGCAUUGCUCUCUAAAUGUCUGUGAUAUGUAAUAACUAUGUAAGUCAAAAUUUGUUUGACUGUUGUAUACAGGUACUAUUUUAUCAAUAAAAAUCAGAACAUGA